AUGACGCCCUCUCUGUAUCUACCAGCUCUUCUGUUUUUUUAUUCUAUUAAAGCAGAGGCGUGGACAAGAGCGGCUCGGAUAAGUCGAUACAACGCUCGGCCUAUUUCGACGGGUGCUCUGCAAGCGGCAAGAAGCAAUGGUUUUCCCAAAAAGCGCGGCCCACAACAAUCCAAGGCAUCUCCUAAAUCCGACGAUAAACCGAUUUAUUCCAUGCCUGCUCUUUACGAUUUAGCGUUUGGAUACAGAUCUUACGAAGACGAAGUCACAUUUUUGUUACAAACACAUGAACGCUGCACAGGUCAGACACCAGCAAACAUUCUGGAAAUGGCCGCUGGCCCUGCUCGGCACGCGCUAACGGCCCUUCAACUACACGAUGCGGUACAGUCUGCGACAUGCGUCGACCUUUCACCGGAAAUGGCAGCUUAUGCAAAAGCAAUCGCAGACGAGGAGCUACCUGAAAAUAGAAAGAAUAUGUUCACGUAUAUCGUGGACGAUAUGCGCUACUUCCAGCUCGAAGAUGCUUCGCAAACUUUUGAUACAGCGUGGAUAUUACUUGGCUCUCUUCAGCACUUGACUAAGAAUGAAGAUGUUAUUGCUUGUUUGACUCUUGUCAAUAGACAUCUGGAGACUGGUGGGACAUUAAUUGUUGAAUUGCCACAUCCACGAGAAACAUUUUCUAUGGUGGAAUGUACUCGAAAUGGUUGGGAGGUACCCCUCGAAGAUGAGAACGGCGAAGAAUCCGGCGAGCUUAGAAUCGUUUGGGGAGACGAAGACGAUGAGUUCAAUUCCAUUACUCAAGUACGGAACUUUACCGUUGCGAUGGAAUUGACUGGUGUCGCUGAGACGGACAAACUUCAGAACGUCCGCGAAGUGGUUCCUCUGCGUCUCUUUACUGCUCAAGAGAUUGAUGCUCUAGCACGAUGUGCUGGCUUCGAGAUGGUUGAAAUGUACGGCUCUUUGGACGAGGAAGUCAAAGUAGAUGACGAAGACCUUGCCUUUCGAUUGGUGUCGGUUCUGCGAAAACUGUAA